UCUGCAUUACAUUCUGUCAGUCAUUUGCCCUCAGUCAGGCACACCCCGUUUAACAAAUGUGGUGCUUUGAUUUUGCAACACUGUGGCAACGGAAGGAUGACAGAACGGAAUGGACUGUUGCUCUUUGGAAUCCGCUGUGAUCCGCUGUGUUUGGCAACACAAGUUGGGUUCAUUGGAUCAGGAUGCACUUAUAAGACAACAUCAAGUCCCAGCGCGUUCCUGACAACAUGCCAAAGUCUUAUGUGGAAAUUGUUUAUGAGAGGACUACAAGGAUGAAUAUUGACCUAAUAUAGCUACUCUACUGGGGACUGGAGGUGUUUAAUAGAAAGUGAAGCUGUUUUCCAUCAUUAAAUGACCUCUAUGUUUUUUCUGUGUCUGAUGCAGCAUCUUUAUAUAGUAAACUCUCCCUCGGGACUGUUUGGAGCUUUCGGAGUACUGAUGACCUGCUGCCACAUGGGCUGGUUUGCAUGAGGUGGAAUGUCACUGAUGGGAGCAAUAGGCAUGAAAAGAACUUUGCUGACCUGUGAAAGAAGAGGGUGUGGAGGUCGUCUGUAGACCCUCCUUCUCUAUCCAGGUUGAACAGUUUUGCAUCAGGUUUCUCGAUACAGUCUGGAGUCAGUGUGAUGGAUGUGUUGAAUAUGCUAAAAGAUGACCCUGAAGAACUGUUGCUGGAUUUGGGUUUCGGCAUCGAUGAGCCUGACAUCACGGGGAGAAUCCCGGCCCGUUUCCUCAGUUAUCAGUCCAAUGCUAACGGCAUCAGUUUUCAGCUCUUUCUGGAAUCUCAGCAGAGCCGAAUCGACAUCGAAAACCCGGAUGUCAGGAAUCGAUUUAGACAGCUCGAGGUUCUUCAGCAGGUCACCACGACCUUCUCCUCUCUGGUUGGCCCCUUCUCUCCAGGUGCAGAUGCAUCUUUAGCUUCCCGAAUGUCAGCGGAGGCACGGGAAAGGAGAAAACGCAUGGCUACGAUUCUGCGUAGAGCCUCCAAGAAGAGUCUCAGCCAUGCCCAAAUGUCACAGAACCAGCAAACACUCUCUCCAACGAACUUAGCCCCGUCUGGCGUGGAAUCCUCUGAGGCUUCACCGGCAGAUAAAAGAAUUCCUUUAAAACGGUCAAGGCAAAGUCUCUCUGACAACAGCGGUCUGUCUACAUUACAAGAGGAGCAGAGUUCUAAUUUCGAAUCGGCUGAGCCCAUUUUAAUUAGCCACCCAACUAGAGGAACAACAGACCCCCUAAAACUUGUGUCUGAGCCCACGCCCACUGAAGGGAUCUUGCAUCAACCUGUGGAAUCUUUUGAGCUAGAGGAGAGAUUUGAUGAGGGACGCGUUUCUGGGCACUGCAGUGGCCCGGUGGAUCCUGGAGGUAAACGUUUAGGAUCUAAUGUGAUAAGGACAAACAGUUGUCAGUCAGACAGCAGUGGCUUCCUUGAGGAACCAUUCAUACAUGCUCUCUCUCAGCAGAACAGCCCAGGAUCGGAGUUCAUGAAGAUGCCGAAUGGGAUAUCACAAGACAGUACAGAGAGUCAACAGAAGAGUACAGAACAGCAAAACAAUGAGGGGCCCAAUGCAGAUAAACAGAACUCUGGCACACAAUUUGGCCAUACAACACACUCUAGAAACACUGUUCUGAGAACUAUUAACAACACAGUGGACUCUUAUACUGUCCUGGGAAAAGUGGAAUCAGGAGCACACUUGACACAGAAGAGCAAUAUAUGUACUGAAAAAGCUAAUUCUUUGCCACCAGACAUUAGUAAAAUUAAGGGCAAGGAUGUUUGCGCUUUAGUGUACUCCGUUCAGAUGGAUCCUGUCUGUUAUCCACCUGAAAUCCAUGACAAAUUGCAAAGUCUAGAUCAACGUGUUGGUAAGCAACGUAUGUCCUUGUUUGACAAACCGAAAUCUGCGGAGACACACUCAACUUCUUGUCCUACUGAUCUGGGAACAGGUGUGGAAAAGGAGGUCGCCACCUUUGCAGAUCCCUAUGAGUUGGGCGUGAAAGAUCAGAUCUCCAGACAUUCAGAUCAGACGUGCGAUUCUAUGACCUCAUACCGGGACAAAAAUGUGACAUCUGAUACUGCAUUUGGGCACGAUUCCCCAACGGCGCUCAAACGCAGAAGGGAGUCAUUUUCCAAGAGAUCCAGGUCUGAUGUGGCCACCGAUAAUGAUUCGGGCACAGCACAAACACCCACCACAAAUACACCAUUCACAUCUGUGGAGACAUGUCCAGCUGACAUGUGGAACUCUAUGGAAUGUUCUAGAGGUCUUGGACGUUUCCGUACACGAUCAAUGUCUCUGGACACGGGGUUGUCAUUUGAGGAGGAGGAUCACAGAUGGGAUGGCAUGUUGUGUGCAGGGACACAGAGAUGCUCCCAUUGCGGAUCUCAGAUAAGCUGCAACAACGGCUGGGAGAAACCUCAACCUGAGCUGUCUUCAAAUCUGCCUUACUCUCUGGAUGAUCUGGAGGAGAUGAUGAAGUGCAUGAGAAAGUUCCGGAGUGUUCUGACGGAAAUUGAAGUGAGACUAGAGGAACAACAAGCAUCUGUACACUGCUCGCUUACAGACUCCCACAGAGAGGAAGUGGAGGAUAUUUUGAGGCUACGAGAAGCUGUCAAACAGGAAGCCGGGAUGCUCGAACAGCAGCUGUCCGAUUUGGUACAUCACUAUGAUGAUAGCAUUAAAAUGAAGCUGAACCGGCUCUUGGAUGAACAGUCUCAGCUGUGUUCCCAACUGCGUAUCAUCCCUUCUGAAAGGCCCAGUCUUAGACUGCCCUCAACCAGGAGUGUGGGCACUCAGUGCUGCCUGCUGCCAGUGACAUCCAGCCCACUGAGAUGUGUUCACCAUCACUGUACCUGUCAGAGAGCAGCAUGCCAUGAUCCACACAAAUAUCAAACCCAGUGGGAGCCCAGCUGCAAGCCAGACAGGCUGGACUUUGUAGCUUUCAUUAAAAGUUUGAAAAAUUCCUUGCAACAUUCGAUGAACAAUAACUCAUUGGAAUAAGAAGAGUAAAGAAGACCUUAAGAUUCUUGCCAUUUGUUCCCCACUUUUAUAAAGUGAAUCAUAUUAAGAACUAAUAAAAGACUGAUAUAUAUGUCA